UUCCCGGAGACCCGCUCCUCCGCGGCUUGAGGAGUUCCUGCCUUCGCCAUGCCGAUGAAGGGUCGCUUCCCUAUCCGCCGUACGCUGCAGUACCUGGGUCGCGGGGAAGUGGUAUUCAAGGACUCGGUGAAGGUCAUGACCGUGAACUACAACACGCAUGGGGAGCUGGGCGAAGGCGCCAGGAAAUUCGUGUUUUUCAACAUCCCUCAGAUCCAGUAUAAGAAUCCUUGGGUGCAGAUCAUGCUGUUUAAGAACAUGACACCAUCGCCCUUCCUGCGGUUCUAUCUAGAUUCUGGGGAGCAAGUCCUGGUAGACGUGGAGACGAAGAGUAAUAAGGAGAUCAUGGAGCACAUAAAGAAAAUCUUGGGCAAGAAAGAGGAGACCCUCAGGGAGGAGGAGCUGGAGAAGCAGCAGCGCUUUCAUCCAGGCAACUUUGGCCCCCGGAAGUACUGCCUGCGGGAGUGCAUGUGCGAAGUAGAAGGUCAGGUGCCCUGCCCUGGCCUGGUGCCCUUACCCAAGGAAAUGACAGGGAAGUACAAAGCUGCUCUGAAAGCCAGUACUUAGGUCUAACUAAGCAAAGUCAUCUGGGAUGGACUGGUGGCAUCUGACUGGUGGAGAUGGAUUACACUGGUACCAUAAAUGAUGGAACUCUGCAAUGGAAAGGCCAGCUUGCACAUCCAUUUAAAGGACAUGGGAUGAAGGCCGGGUUGCCAGCUGCUGAAUAGAUGUCAAUAAAAGAUUUAGUCUUCCUAUACAUAGUAAGUCUGAUUUUGCUUGAACAGAGACCAUCUGUAUCAGAAGGCUUGGGAUGAGAGGGUGCAAGGCAGUUUGUCAGUAACUGUCUCAGUCCUGUAACUGGACAUGGUUCCUUCAUUAAUCUUCUACCAGUUUCUACUGGAAGGUCUUGAGGGCUACUGCUACUGGUGAGCCAAAUGUAAUUGGGAGAGUGGAUGUUCUUAACAGUCCAAAGCAAACAUGUGGGCAGUGUACUGAAGCCUACAAUUCUUGCUUCCUGAGAGAGAGAAGGUUCUCCAGUCCCAGUUAGUAAUAAAGACCUUGGGCAGUAGGGUCACUUCAGGUCUUUGUGCUCAGCAGACGUGAGCUGAAGGUACCGAAUCUCUUCUCCACUUUGAUGUGAGGCCCAUGUGGGUGGAGGAGUGCCAGUGGCAUUGUGUUAACUGUAGCAGGGAUUUUUCUGGCUUUGAGAGUGAAGAUGCCACCUGGGUGGUAAUUUUGACUCUCAUUUCUUGCUUACUAGGUGAGAGAGAGAGACUGACUUCUGGAUGCCUUUCGAGUUAUUUUUCCCAGUUAUCAGUAUCAUUUUAGCUAUGUAGAUUCCAUCCUUUAGUGGACAGCAGAACCUUCCAGGGUCACUUAAUGUUUACCACAGACUCUUUGGCUGGCAUUUGGCCAUAUAGGUAUGAAUUUAUGAGGCAAAAUAAAGCAGUGGUUGUUAAAAAA